GAACGUGUGUGACUUAGAACAGGAACGGCGCAGCCUAGGACACAUGUUUGAACGGACAAAACGCACGUAUCAUAUUCUCCUUCUUCACUGACAUCUAAAACCCCAAAGCUCGAAAAAUGUUUCAAUGAUGCCUCUGAUCACAAAGUUGCUGAAAUCAAAGCUCGUCCAAAACACCCAAACAAAAACCACAGCUCGAACAUUCCUAACCUACACAACCACAUUCCCAUUGUACGCACCUCACUACAACAACCGCAUCUUCCGCUCCCCAUUCCUCUCUCCCCAUGAGCGCGGCCCAGGCCCAGCCUCAGGCCCUCUCUUCCUCUCUUGGCCUCCGUGGAAACUCUCUCAGUCCGCUACCCCUCUCUAUUUGCACGGAAACGCCGUCGUUUUCCCUAAGGUCCACCCCUCUCCGUUACCUCUCCGUUUCCUAGAUCCGGUUCCCUCCAAUUCCAACACCUCUUCGCUUUUCAACAGCUUCGUCAAUCUUCCCAAUUUCAUUUCCUUUACCCGAUUAAUUUCCGGUCCUCUUCUCGCAUGGAUGAUCUCGAACGAGUUGUAUGCUCCGGCAAUGAUAGGGUUGGCCCUCUCUGGGGGCACUGAUUGGCUGGAUGGAUACGUGGCUAGGAAGAUGAAGAUCGAUUCCGUAGUGGGUUCCUACCUUGAUCCCCUUGCUGACAAGGUUCUUAUUGGCUGCGUAGCUCUUGCCAUGGUGCAUAAAGAUCUACUGCAUCCUGGACUAGUCAGUCUCGUGGUGUUCCGAGAUGUUUUCCUUGUUGGUGGUGCAGUAUUUCUAAGAGCAAGUAGCUUGGGUUGGAAGUGGAAAACCUGGUAUGAUUUUUCAAACCUCGAUGGGACCUGCCGCCAAAAGGUUGAACCACUCUUUCUAAGCAAGGUGAAUACAGUGUUCCAAUUACUAUUAGUUGCUGCAGCACUUCUUCAACCAGAGUUUGGAACCGAAGAUACUCAAUCAUAUAUUACUUAUUUGAGCUAUUUAGUGGGUUCAACAACAGUGGCAUCUACUGCAGCAUAUGGAGCACAAUAUUUUAGGAGAUCUGCAGUAGUAUCAAAAUCGGUCUAGUUGAGUUCCCAUUGAGAUGCAGAGGAUGAGGGGUGGGCACGGGCGAGGGCUCACUGCUGUAAAUUAUGGUUAUAUUAUACAGGCUGUUUGCAAAAAUUGGCUUCUGACAUAACCAUUAAAAUUAGGAGUGUUUUGAAGUGUUGUUUUCGAGAGUGACUAACCAAUGUUUAUCCCAAUGGACCUUGUUCCACCAUGUACUGGUCUCGUCAAAUGUUAGAUGGAAUAUAUUUUGUAAACGUUUUUGGAGU